UUCGCGUUGCAGUAAAUCAAGCCGUGGUCUGAAGGGCGGAGCACACUGUGUGGAGAUACGGAGUCGUUGCAGGGCCACGGCCGGACCGCUAGGUGGCGAGAACAAAGGCGGAGUGCAGGCGCGUCGGGGCGGGGCCUCGGGCUGCAUUUAGGGGCCGGGCUUGGACUGUCAGUCCACUCCCCUUGGUCCAGCAGCCCGCGGAGGCAGAAAUGGCCUGGCCGCGCGUACGGCUGGUGGUCACCGCGGAUGACUUUGGUUACUGCCCGCGGCGGGAUGAGGGCAUUGUAGAGGCCUUCCUGGCUGGAGCUGUGACAAGCGUGUCCCUGCUGGUUAACGGCGCGGCGGCGGAGAGCGCGGCGGAGCUGGCCCGCAGGCACCAAAUCCCCACCGGCCUCCACGCCAACUUGUCCGAGGGCCGCCCGGUGGGUUCGGCCCGCCACGGCGCCUCAUCGUUGCUCAGCCCCGAAGGCUUCUUCCUGGGCAAGAUGGGAUUCCGGGAAGCGGUGGCGGCCGGAGAUGUGGCCUUGCCCCAGGUGCGGGAAGAGCUGGAGGCCCAGCUGGGCCGCUUCCGGGAGUUACUGGGCAGGAACCCCACUCACGUGGACGGGCAUCAGCACGUGCACGUGCUCCCAGGCGUGUGCCAGGUGUUCGCCGAGGUGCUGCAGGCCCACGGGGUGCGCUUCACACGGCUGCCGCUAGAGCGCGGAGUGGGUGGCUGCACUUGGCUGGAGGCCCCAGCGCGUGCUUUCGCCUGUUCCGUGGAGCGCGAUGCCCGGGCGGCUGUGGGCCCCUUCUCCGGCCGUGGCUUAAGGUGGACCGAUGCCUUCGUGGGCCUAAGUACCUGCGGCCGGCAUAUGUCUGCUCACCGCGUGUCAGGGGCACUGGCUCGGGCCCUGGAAGGUACACCCACUGGCCACUUCUUGACAGCCGAGCUGAUGGCCCACCCAGGCUACCCCAGUGUGCCUCCGGCUGGCGGCUGUGGUCCUCAUGACUCAGAAUGGCAACCAGAGCUUCAGCAAGCCCUCUUGGCUACAGGCAGGUCAGCCUGUGACAUCUGGGCCUGGAGCCUGCCAAGCAUUUGGUGCCCUUCACAUUUCCAUAGGACAGAUCUGAGGAGGUCCUGCAAGCUCAGAGGAGUGAAUGUAAAUUUUUCCACGAGGGAAGUCUUCUGUGGAAGUGGGAUCCUGGAUUCCCAAAUGGACCUGGUGCUGUGGAUGCCCUGUGUCUGGAGUCCACGUGGCUUGGAUGAGGAGAUGGAGAGAGCAGAUGGGGAAGCGGGUAGGGAGUUCUCCGGAGCACACGAGUCCUGCCCUACACUGGAGGUUGGAAAGGCAGAUGUCCUUCUUGUCUCACGUAAGUGCCUAUGCGCAGGCACUAAUGUCCCCAUUUUACAGAUCUACAAGUGGGAGUGGCAUAGCAGGGAUCUGAAGCUACCAGUUCAUGUAUUUGCCAUGUACUGUGUCCAGCAUGGAAUCAGGUGACAACAGAGCUCUCUCCCGGCCUAUGCAGCCUUGAGGGAUGCGCAGCUUUCUGAAGUUGGUAAAGGGGGGGGGGGUCCUCUCAUUCCUCUCUGCCCCCACCCACCCACAACCCCACCCUUGACUGGGGCUUCAGUCCCUUUUCUGGCUCUAUCUUCUAACCUUCCCUUGACCUUGACUCUUCCAGGCACUGGCCCUUUCCUCCUUUCAUGUGUGUCUGUGAACUGGAAUCACUGUUUGAUCCCUCCUGUUGCCUCACCAUCGCCUCCUCGCCUCAGUCCACUGGGGUCCGGCCACACUCCUGCAGGCUUCUGGCCGGUGCUGGUAGGGGUGGUCUUAAGGCAGCUUGUUGCCAUGGGGGCACCUCCCUUUGAGGCAGGUUCUUAGGUUCUGAUGAAGAGGCAGCUGGCUAUGUGUCUCUGAGGUUCAGGAUAGAGGUCAGGGUGGACAGGAAAGAGACUGGGGGUCUGCACAGAUGCUAGAUGAAACUGGGAGUGGCUGUCACCCAGGGAGGGAAAGAGGGAUGAGCAGAGUUGAGGGAAUAGACUAGCCCUAGGGACCAUGAACUCAUUUAAUAGUAGAGAGAAGAGGGUGGGCACGGCCAGCCUGGGAGGAUAAUCAGGAAAGCAAGGUCCAGCUCACAGGUGGAGGACAGGUGAUAAGGCAGAGGGCCACAGGCAGCACAGCGUCCAUUGGGCUGGGCUGGUGUCCUAGCCACCAAGGAGAUGGGGUAUUUCUUAUGCCAAACCUGCUGUUUGCUGGGUAGCUUAGGUAAGGGGUUCUGUUAUCCACCCAUUCAUCAGUCACAUAUGGAGCAUCUGCUCUGUGCCAGGCCAGGGCUGGGUGCUGGGACACACACAGCCCCGCCUGCAAGGAGCUCAGUCUGCUACACAAGGACAGAUGGUGUGAUCCAGGCUGCAAUGGGGUGGGGAAACGGAACACACAGCAUAGUGUGGGGCCAAAGGGGGCUCCUAACCCGGCCAGGAUGCGUCGGGGAAUACUUUCCAAAGGAUGUGACUUCCGUCCCUGGGCCUCACUCUGACCCUCUGGAGCCUGCACUGUGCCCCCAGGAGUACCCAGGCUGCAAGCAAAACCACUUCCAAUCACCCAAGCUUGGCCAUUGAUCAAGUUCUGCCUGGGACAGACUUCAGCUGAAGUCCCAACUUCAGCUCUGCUCCUCAGGUUGGUACCACUCCCCCAUGUUUCACGAGGAAAGCAAGAGGAAGCUAAUGCAGAAGGGGCAGGAAGAACUCAGACCAUCUCUGGCUUUGCCUUCCACUGGGUCAGGUGGCUGCCUUGCAGGGCGAGGCACGGCGGUGCUGCCAAGUGAAGAAAGUGAGAGCAGGGCUGAGAGCUACCAGCCUAUGGACUUUGCCCUGAGGAAGUCCUGAGGCCCUUGACAGAGGAACCUCAGGGGGCAGAGGGUGACAGAAGCCAGGUUGCAGUGGGCAUAGGGACGGAUCAAGUAGGUGCGUGUUUCGAGCUGAACAGUGAAUACAGGAGGAAGGCUAGAAAAUGAUGGCUCAGGAAGUUGAGAGGGUCGUGUGGGACUCUGGCUUUGGGGAUGGGGUAACUGGACCUGUGUCUGGGCUCCAAGAGACCAGUGGUAGAAUGCAGCAGGAGCCAGACUGUGUAAAAACACAGGCCAGGUGCCCUUGGCUGUCACUGAACCUCGGUUUCCUCCUCUAUGAAAACAGGGAUAACAGUGCCCGUGGGUUGUCCUGAGUUUCACAGAGGAUACAGUGAUGGGACGUGGCAGAGUCCUGGGCUGAUGAUCAAAGGGUCUGCUCCUUGCUUCCUGGUAAAAUGACACUCCCGGCAGUUUUCCUCCCGGAAACCUGCAGGCCUGGCAGACUGGUCAGGCUUGGUCUCCGCUCGAGUCAAGUUAUAGGCAGGGAACUUGGCUGACUGAAAAAUGAAGUGUCAGGGCCCUGGGCUGAGUCAGCACCUUAGCAGUCCACUGUCCUGGGGACUCAGACAGCUUUCUGGCUGGAACCCUUCAGGAUGUGGCCUACCCACGCCCUCAGGCACACCCUCUUUAGUUCUCUGACCUUCAUUAAGACUGCCAGUUUGCUUCUCUGCUAAAUGGGAUUAUCACUCUUUUGGGGUUGACCGCAGGACUGAAGUGAUACAUAUGAUGUCAGACAAUUAAGUUCGCAAACUGGUCCUAGAAACAGUGCUACAUGCCUCAUUGCUGAAUAUCACGAUGGUCCUCUUUAAAGUACUCUUUUUGGGAAGCUAUGCACCGACGCCAGCUCCUAGUCCACCCUUCCAAGCAAUUUUAGA